CAUCAUCGCCACCACCACCACCACCACAGGCGCACCGCCUCCCCUCCACCACGACACCGACCGCGUGAGAACCCCGACGAGUCCGUCCUCCCUCGCCUUCGCGUCGGCGCGGCAUGGGCUUCCCGGUCUGCUGCUACUCGGAGCUGCUCCUCCCGAAGCAGCUGCUCCACCUCCUCCUGCUGCUCGGCUACAUCCGCCGCUUCCUGCUCUGGGCGUUCCACGCCGUCGGCCUCGGGGACCUUCUGGAUCUUGGAGAAGAGCAGCAGGCGCUGCAGGAGCACGGCGCGCCGGCGCAGGCGCUGCUGCAGCACCGCCGACCCGAGUUCCGGCCGGUGCCGGCGAUGGUCAUCGAGGAGGUGCUGCCCGUGGUGCGGUUCGACGAGCUGGCGACGGUCUGCGGCGGCGGGGACUGCGCGGUGUGCCUCAGCGGCAUCGGCGGCGGCGACGAGGUGCGGAGGCUCACCAAUUGCCGCCACGUGUUCCACCGGGGCUGCCUGGACCGCUGGAUGGAGCACGACGACCAGCGCACCUGCCCGCUCUGCCGCGCGCCACUCAUCCCCGACGAGAUGGCCGGCGCUCUCUGGGCCGCCGCCGGCGUUCCCGACGCCUCCGACUUCGACUUCUCCUACUUUGGCGCGCCCCUCACGGCGAUGCCCACGCCGACUCUGCUUCGGCCGCAUGAGCUGCUGCUCACUGGCCUGGGCGGCUACCAGUGACCGGUGAACCGUUGUUGGCAAUCUCCACCUACUUGACAGCAGGCACCGGCGCCCCCGGAAUGCGCAGUUUUACAACGACUGAAUUGGUCGUCGCGUUCGGGGAGGAACAAGAACAGAAGGCGCCUUCAACUGUACAUAGGCAAAAUGAGUAAAGCAAACCUCCCAAAAAAGGGCUUAGAUGAUUAGUUUUUUCUUUUUUGGUUUGUUUUUGUACAGAAGAUUCCAUCUUCCAGGUUUGAGAAGUAGUGAAUCUUUGUGCUGAUUAAAUUCUUUGAGCUUGGCGUUUUGGAUGCAACAAUCUGUGCAUUUUUAGACC